AUGUCGCCGCUGCAGGUGUUCAAGCUCUCUGUGAGCAACGCUUCGGCUUUGGCGGACUGGGAGGGCUUCGAGCCGUGCAAGAAGGAGUGGUUCGGCGUGAACUGCGGGGAGUCGACGCGGUCGAAACAUCGAUGGGCCGUUGUCUCGAUAGAGCUGCCCAACUGCAAUCUGGGAGGGGAGAUCCCGGAGGCGAUCGGCGACCUCGUGGAGCUCACGAAACUCAAUUUGCGAAACAACAAUUUCACGGGGCUGCUUCCCGCGUCGCUCAGCCGCCUGACCGCGUUAGAGUCACUAGACGUUUCGGGAAACCCGUUCGAGGUCGCACCUUCCACGAACCUUACCGCUGGCGCGCCCCCCCCGCUGACGUCAGACCCCAUCUCGAUAAUACCGGAGCCAGACGCCCCGGGCCCGAAAAUUCCGGGGCUGUCGCCGUCCACCAAUAGCAUUGCGCUAUACGUGGGCUUAGCGGCGGGCGUGGUUGUCGCGUUCCUGUUGGGCGUCGCGCUCGUGCUGCUCUACAUCUACCUGCGGCGCCGCCGCGCGGAGACCAAGGACUUUGCGCCGAUUAAAGACGUCGCGGCGGGCGCGGACGGGCGGGGGGAGGAUUACGGGACAUCUGGCGCGGUUGCCGCGGCGGGAUAUGCGGCGGGAAAAGCGGGGAAGAGGGGAGGUGGUGGAGUGUUUGGAAGGCUAUGGCCAGGGACUGGAAAGGUGGCUGAUCUUGGCACAGUAUCUGCCUAUCAGCAACAAGCUCACGUCCCUGCCGCUCCGUCCGCCGCGGUUCCCGCUCACGACCAUGGCGCGAAUCUCCUUCCCCCGCACGACCCCUCCGCCAUGAUUCCGCACAGCGGGGCGUCGAACCACAGCGGCUGGGGCGCCGCAGUCAGCGCCGUGCAUAGCGGCGUGAACAGCGCUGCGCACAGCGGUGUGCAAAGCGUUACCGUGGAAGGCGGCGCGGCGUCACCGUACGCACCAGCCUCGGCGUACGCGUCGGCUGCCGAGCCUGGCAGCAACAUGUCGAGCCAGUUUCCGAGCCGCACUCCGAGCCAGACGCCGAGCCAACCGAUGAGCCACGUGGCAGGCCCGGGGCUAGCAGCAGCUAUAGCCGCGGAAGCGGGGGGCGGAAUCGGCGGAGGGGAAGGGGGAAGCGGAGGAGCUGGGGGAGGAUAUGCGGCUCAUAGUAGCAAUAGCAGCGCGCAGACGCCUGGGGCCUCUGUGGGGUCUUUAAAGUCGGGGCGCAAUAUGGCGGAGUAUAGGCUGAUGCUGCCCGGGCGCAGCCUGAGCAACACGGUGAUGGAGUUGACGUAUGAAGAUGUCCUGGGAGCAACGGACAACCUGGCAGAGGCGAACGUGAUUGGGUCGGGCGGGUUUGGGCGCGUGUACUGCGGAAGGCUGGCGGGGGCUGGCGUGGCGGUGAAGGUGCUGGAAGCGGGGAGCAGUCAGGGCGACCGAGAGUUCCAGGCAGAGGUGGAGCUGCUGAGUCGGCUCAGGUCGCCGCAUCUGGUGCAUCUGGUGGGCUACUGCAUGGCAGGGGGGAACAGGGUGCUGGUGUACAAUCUCAUGGCGAAUGGGAGCCUGAGCGACUUGCUGCAUGAUAACAGCAGUGAUGGAAGCUUCGUGCAGCGGUUUGGGAGGGAGAGGCCGCAGGUGGAGUGGCAGCAGCGCAUGCAGAUCGCUCUGGAUGCCGCCCGCGGGCUCAUGUUCCUGCACCACGCCGCCACCCCCGCUGUCAUUCACCGCGACUUCAAGAGCAGCAACGUUCUGGUGGACCACGACUUCCAUGCGCGCAUUGCUGAUUUUGGGUUGGCUCGGGAUGGUCCCAGUGGGGAGAAGCGUUGGGUGUCGACACGUGUUUUGGGCACCACAGGUUACUUGUCCCCAGAAUAUGUUACCACCGGUCGCCUGACCCCCAAGUCAGACGUGUACUCGUUUGGCAUCGUGCUGCUGGAGCUGCUCACAGGGCUCACCCCCAUCGACCACGACAGGCCUCUCAAUAGAGUCUCCCUCACUUCCUGGGCGCUGCCGCUGCUGACGCAACGGGAGAGGCUGGGAGAGCUGCUGGACCCGCGUCUGGAUGGGACUGUUCCCCUGCACGAGUUCAUGCAGGUGGGUGGCAUGUGGGCAGCUGGUGGGUGGGGACUUGAUGCCUGUGGCGGUUGCAUAGGGGCAAAGAAGCGUAGAGAUAUGCAGGGCAUGGUGCACAUAGGAGUGCAGGGCAUGGUGCACAUAGCAGUGGGGCGCGCGGUGACUCCAGGCGGAGUCAGUGGCAGCGGUGUACGCGUGCGUGCAGGCAGACCCACGCUACAGGCGCACAUGGACCAUGUGGUGCAGUCCCUCAUGCCGCUCUGCAAGGCUGCCAUCUCGCCUCCUCAUCCCCCACCCUUCCUUGCUUGCCCCCAUCCCCUCUCUGCCUCCCUUCACCAGGCGGCCUCUGUAGCAGCAGUGUGCCUGCAGGCCGACCCAGACUACAGGCCGCACAUGGAUGACGUGGUGCAGUCCCUCAUGCCGCUCUGCAAGGCUGCCAUCUCGCCCUACGCCUCUCCCGCCCAGUCCAACCACUCCUCCCUCAGAUGA